GUGUUAUCCAGCCAGCAUCGCCUACUGUACUGUUGGCCAUGUGUUUAGAUCUAGGGCUUUCACUUUAUGGUAACUUUGACUAGUUUUGAAGCGUUUUUUUCAUGGUGUACUAACCUGUGGGCAGCUCCUGAACUCACAGAUUUGACGUCUCGCCACUGCCCCUGGUGGGAAUAUACAAAGGGACGCCAGAUAUGGUGGAGAAGAUGGAAGAAAGUCCAAAGAAGCAAUCGAAAGAAGGGAACAAAAAUAAAUGGUCUGGACAUGGAGAGAAGCGGAAAAGCGACAGUGGUCCAGGUGGAGGUGGGAGGAAACGUCUGGACCCUCAGACUGUGGGCUACUUUCGGAGAGUUAGUGACCUGCUGAGUGAGGGCUUCAAUGGGGACGAGGAAAAAGUUAUUUUUGUUGACAAUGUGCUGAGAGAGAUGGAGGGACAGGCCACUAUGGUUGCUAUGGACAUGACGGGCAGUGUCGCCCUUCAGAAGUUGCUGUCCUUUGCCAGUGCUGCUCAGGUCGGGCAUGUCCUGUCAUUACUCGCCGGAGAGGCUGGGGCGGGGUUCAAAGCUGUGUCGUGUGACCGCUGCGGUGGACAUGUGAUGGAGAGCGCUCUGAGACAGAUGUCCAGAUGGACAGAACAAGAGGAGCCAGCCGCCACAAACGGCGAUGACAACAAGGAGGCAGAUGACUGUGGGACGCUGGAGGAGCAGGUGCUGUCCAUAUGUAACGUGGUCAGAGAGAACCUCCUGGAGUUCAUCAGAAACACACACGGCUCCCAUGUGGUGCGCACGCUGGUACAAGUGUUGGCAGGGUGUGUGGGUCCUGCACGCACAGAGUCUCGACCAGGUGGAAAACCUCAACAUGGCACCCUCAUCACACUGAAAGACUUUGAGGCUCCUGUUUCUUUCUGGUACGAGCUGAAGAACCUUUCAGCUUGUUUGUUGGAGAAUGUCAAUGUGUGUGUAACUGACAGUAACGCCAGCCCAGUCCUCCAGACAAUGUUGACAGUUUGCCACAGAAAAAGACCAAAGCUCCUAAAACAGAUCAACAAAAGCAUCAUGGAAUAUCUGACUGGUAUCAGCUCUGCUCCUGGAGUCAGUCCUCUUUUAGUAUUUUUUAAAGACCAGACGUCAAGUCGUCUGCUUGAGACAGUAAUACAGUUUUCCCACAAGGCCUUGCUCUGUGAUCUCUACAAAAGCCACCUGAAGACUAAGCUUGUGGACCUUGCCCUUCAUCACAUUGCAAACUUCCCCGUGCAGAAGUUCAUAGCAGCCUCUGCUGACCUGAAAGUGUUCACUAAAGUGUUUAAUGAGAUAGCGGAGGGUUUGGAGGCCAUCAUGGCCGCCGGUCACAUGGGCGUGGUGGUCCAGUUGGCCAAGAGCUGUGUGGAGCGAGAGGAGACGCAGGGGCCGAUGUUGCAGAACCUCCUACAGGCCUUCCACUGUGCUGAGCCUGCGACCCGGCACGCCUCCUCUGUUCCUCUCUUCCUGUCCUUGUACACCUAUGAGCUGUGCUACCCCGCACCAGAGGAGACCGCAGAGGACGCCCCACCUCCACAGCGCCCCCUAGAGGCCAUAUGCUAUCACGGCUCCUGCUUGGUGCAGUCCCUGGCGAAGUUCAAAGACCGCUCUCUGCUCAUGAACAGCAUCCACAGCCUGAGCCCUGCUGAGCUCCAAGCUCUCGGGUCUCACCAGCUCGGCAGCCACGCCCUACAGGCUCUGGUGACUACCUGCAGUGACAAGGGCAAGGGCAAAAUUCUCAGGAAAAUGGAGGGCACGUUUGUCCAGCUGGCCUGCUCUAGGUACGGGAGUCGCUUUCUAGAGGCGGUGUGGAACAGCGCCACCGUGAGCCAAAGACAGAGCAUUGCACAGGAACUUGUUCCCAGUGAAUCACAACUACGGUCCGAUCAGUUUGGGCGUCACAUUUGGCCUAAAUUUGGCCUUACACACUUUGGCAAGAGAAAGGCUCAUUGGAUGGAAAUUCAAACAGGAGAGUCAAAGAAGAGGAAAAUGUUCAGUGACAUCCUGGAGUGACAUUCCAGAAUGGCAAUAAUGGAAUUUAUAUACAUUUUUUAACUUUAAGUAUUUUGUUCACAAUAAAACACCCAUUGUCUUUCAAGCUU